CUCCCAUCCAUUUCUCGCCAUUCUCUCCUCCUUUUUCUUCCUAACAAAAAAGUUUAAAAUACACCAAUCAUGGAUCGAAUGCAGGCAUUCGGAAAGAACUUCAGUGCGAGCUUCACGCCUUUUGCGCAGCGUACCCAGCAAAUGAUCAAGGAGCAGCUGGGCCAGGCCGACGACAAGACCCAGCUCCCCGAUGAAUACAUCGAGCUCGAGAAGCGCGUCGAUGCGCUCAAGCUUGUCCACCAGAAGCUGUUGCAGGUGACUUCCCAAUACUCCAACGAGGCCUACGACUACCCUCCCAACAUCCGCGAAUCCUUCAAUGACCUGGGCCGCACUAUCAACGAGAAAGUGCAGCUCCUGUCCCAGGCAGGUUCGCCCGCCGAGGCACAAGCUGCCCUGACAGCCCCGCCUUCCGCAAAGCCCCAACCCAAGACCUUCAACCACGCGAUCGCCCGUGCCUCCCUCGCUGGCUCCCAGACACUCGCGCAGAGCACCGAGGGCGAAGAUCCGCUUGCCACUGCGUUGGAGAAGUAUGCUCUGGCCGAGGAGCAGGUUGGCGAGGCUCGUCUGGCCCAGGAUGCUCAGAUCCAGUCCCGCUUCCUGGCUGGCUGGAAUACCACACUCAACACCAACUUGAUGUUCGCUGCUAAGGCGCGCAAGAAUGUUGAGAACGCCCGCUUGAUGCUUGACUCCAUCAAGGCUAGCAAAAAGGCCGGUGCCCACGGCGACCUGGAUAACUUGAGCGAGGAUGCCCGCGCGGAGAUCGAGCAGGCCGAAGAUGAGUUUGUUGGCCAGACUGAGGAGGCUGUGAGCGUGAUGAAAAACGUCCUUGAUACCCCCGAGCCCCUGCGCAACUUGGCCGAUCUGAUCGCCGCUCAACUCGAGUUCCACAAGAAGUCAUAUGAGAUUCUCAGCGAGCUUGCUCCGACUGUAGAUGCGCUGCAGGUCGAGCAGGAGGCUAGCUACCGCAAGAUCCGUGAGGGCGCUUAAGCGUUGUUUUGAAUGUCAUGUUUCUUUUGUUAUCCUUCCGCCUGGCUUCGAUUUUGUCUGUUACUCCGAGCCAUGGCCUUGAGUUUUGUAUCUAAGCCGCUUUGCUUCUGCUGAGCCAACCCAACAGAUCAUUCAGUCUGGAUUUUUGGACUUGCAA